AUGAUGUGUCUGACUCAGAGGAGAGCAUUUCGAGCAGCAGGUCCUGCAGGAACGAGCGGUCCCUGCAGGAGAAGCUGGAGAUCCUGACCAACGAGGGGCUGCUGCUCACUGUCAAGGUGUUCCUGGACUGGCUGAGGACAAACACAGACCUCAUCAUCAUGUGUGCUCAGAGCUCUCAGAGCCUGUGGAACAGGCUGUCGGUGCUCCUGAACCUUCUGCCUUCUGCUGCAGACCUGCAGGAAUCAGGGCUGCCCCUCUGUAACGAGGUCAGGGAGGUGCUGAGUGGUGCUGAGCUCCCAGACCCAAAGGCCCACGUGCUGCUCCCAGAGGACGUGGCCCUGAGGAACCUCCCUGCUCUGAGGAACGCCCACAAGAGGUUCAACUUUGAGCAGGACAGGCCCAUUUUCUCUGCAGUGGAGGAGUCCAUCGUCCGGAUCUGCUGCAUCCGCAGCUUCGGGCACUUCAUCACCCACCUGCAAGGCAGCAUCCUGCAGUUCAACUCAGAGCUGGGCAUCUUCAUCAGCAUAGCCCAGGCAGAGCAGGACAGCCUGCUGCACCAGGCCCAGGCCCAGUUCCACAUGGCUGCAGAGGAGGCUCGUCGGAACAGGCUCAUGAGGGACAUGGCUCAGCUGCGACUGCAGCUGGAGGUGUCCCAGCUGGAGGGGAGUCUGCAGCAGCCCAAGGCGCAGUCGGCCAUGUCCCCGUACCUCGUCCCGGACACCCAGGCCCUGUGCCAGCACCUGGCAGUGGUCAAGCAGCUGGCCACCAGUGGGAGGUUCAUCAUCAUCAUCCCUCGCACAGUGAUUGAUGGCUUGGACUUCCUGAAAAAGGAGAACGCGGGUGCUCGGGACAGCAUCCGGUACCUGGAGGCAGAGUUUAAAAAGGGAAACAGGUACAUUCGUUGCCAGAAGGAUGUUGGGAAGAGCUUUGAGAGGCAUAAAUUGAAGAGACAAGAUUUAGAUGCCUGGUAAGGUUACAGCCUCUGGAGAU